CCCGCGACCGCGUAAGCGGUGUCAGCGUGUGCGCAGACCGGCUGCGCAGCAGGCGUGUGCGUUGUCUAGAUUCUUUGUGCCAUUCCUGGCAUACCAAAAACAAGAGUGGUGACCGUUCUCGUAUUUACCGUGUGCACAGUCUUGCGCGCUAAUACAACACCGUGUGAAUUUGGUUCGCGACAAUAAGGGCCGUCCUCGUGCUCGUGCGUGCGCCGCCACGUCACACAGCUCGCCUAGUGGUAAGUACACGAUACAAAAUAAUGCCGAAGCGCCGUUCGCGAAAGUGCGCGGCGUCCACGCCCGUGUUGUCCUGACGGUGGCGUCGUCUCGCAACGGGCCCGCGCAAGGAACGAAUCCGACCGCAGCGACGAUGGCGAUAUUAUCUGCGGAGAGAGAGAGAGAGAGAAAGAGAGAGAGAGAGUGAGUGAGCGAGUGAGUCACAGACGGACGACGAACGAAAGAGAGCGAGACAGAGGGAGCGAGAGACGCCGGACGAGGGUGCGUGCAUGUGUACGUAAGAGAAAGAGACCGACGUAGAGUAUGUGCGUGUGCUGCGUGAGAGUGAGUUUCAGCGAGCGAAGUGAGCAAGUGAACGAGUGAACGCGUGACGCCGUUAUUAUCCGUUGCGCGACCGAUAUUCACGCACGUUCGACUCGCCUGUCGCGAGCUCCCGCGGCUAACUUCCGGGGCGUCCUCGCGUUUAAUUAGCCCUCCGUUGUUUCGAAUUUAAAUGGAAAGGGAUGCGCAGGUGAGGAGAGAAAGUCGCGCGAUCCUCCGAGAGAGAGAGAGAGAGAGGGAAAGGGAAAGAAAAUCAGGGGGGGAGCGACGGAAAAACGAUUCACCGGCGCGAAGUUGGCCGCUUUGGAGAAACUCUCUCUCUCUUUACCGGUGCGUGCGUUCCGGCAGAGGGCUGUUUACGUCGAGCAUCCGCGAGUCCGAGCAGUCCCAUCUCGAGUUGUCGCGCGUUUACGAGUGCGCGGGUCGUCCUCGGGUCAGCUGUGCGCUACCGGGAACACGCUCCCGUUCCGAAUCGCGCGCACGAGCGCGGCGCAGCGCGGCGCGGCGCGGCGCAGCGCAGCGCAACGCAACGCGAUCCGAUCUGAUCCGACCCGGCGCCGAGAGAGACGCGACCCAGACGUGGAGGUUAGGGUGACUCUCCUCUCCGCGGUUCGUCGCGGUGGUGUGGGCUGCGUGCGCGUUUCCUCGUUGUUUCGGCGCGCGAGCGCGGGGCAGCGUCGUGUCGUGACAGAAACGCGUGCUGCUCACCGCCUAGUCGCUUGUCCGCCAGCCCGUCCGCACGCUCGUCGCGUCGUCCGCUCUCACCCGUUCGCUCGCUCGCCCGCUUUCUGGUGAAUUCGUAUGGUGAAUUAUUGAUCCGCGGCGGCGUGUGCGUGCGGAAAAACCGCCGUUGGCUGGAAGAGAAGAAGAUAGAAGGGGGGGAUAGAGGCAACGGGAGAAAGAGAGAGAUAGAGACGGUGGGGAGGGGGGAGGCGAUAGCGAGAGACAGAGACGGAAAGGGGCCGCGGCGGUGACGCGAGAAAACGCUUCAAGCUCGAGCACACGUACUACGGGGUGAGACGCGCGCUCUGGUUGGUGUUGGUUGUAUAUUGUUUUGAAAAGUGUCGGGGCGCGCGCGCGCACGCGAAUGCACGCGACGCGGAGAGUUGACGUUCCCGCGGGUAUACCGGCGUGAUUAUCUCACCUCCUAGACGCGAUAUCGCGAUUCGAGUGUACGUCUCUCGCGUCCCUCGUACAUAACGUAUACGACGGAAAAUUCACGCGGUGGCAUUCUUGUCAUUCCUCGCUCCGUUUCCCGUCCGUAUGACUCUUUAAUCGCGUUCACGCGGGCGGAGAAAAACGUGCGCGGGGGGGUAAUGUACGCGGGAAGUGUCGCGACGCGACGCGCGACGGAUCUGUCGUCGAGACGAGAUUUGUCGGCGAACGUUUGACGGAGUGCGAGAAGAGGAUAGGAGGAGCCCGGUUAAUCCUCUCGUGCGCGAGGACGAGACUGCUGACGCGACGAGGUAAUACGUGAAAUUCCGCGAGGAAUCGGUGAAGAAACGGUGAAAGGAAAACUCGUCGUCGACGACGAGAGUGUUGGUAGUGCAUUGUCGUCGUCGCGAAACACGACGACGACGACGACGACCACGACGGCAACCACGACGACGACGAGGUCAGCAUCGUCGCGCGGUGGGAACGUGACAUUCUGUAUCGUUUUAUUGUACGAUCGCUGUUAAACGCGCUUCGAUAAACUCAGGAGGCAGCAACAUCCCACCUUCGCCACCGCGGCUUGGAUGGAUACUGUGCAUUAUUUCUGGAGUGCACCCACGUCGCCGUCAUCCUGACCUGCCCGAGAAAUCCUCAUGAAAGACUGGGAACUCAGUACUCAGAAUAGCAUCGAUCAACGUUGUGUACACUACAACUCCGCCGUUGCGCAUCGUACCGGCAGUGCGGUGGCUGCAGCCGACACCAUUUCCGCGCCGUGGACCCCCGCGAGUUCCGGGCCGCCGCCCGACGCCAACGGCUCCGGCUCGGAUACGAAGAACCUCGACGUUGGCGAAAUUAGCGAUGACGAGAAGGACCUGUCGGCAGCGGACGCGGAGGGUGUGUGGUCGCCGGAUAUCGAACAGAGCUUCCAGGAAGCUCUUACCAUAUAUCCGCCAUGCGGUCGACGCAAAAUCAUCCUUUCCGACGAAGGGAAGAUGUACGGUCGCAACGAGCUGAUCGCCCGUUAUAUCAAAUUGAGGACCGGUAAGACGAGAACGCGAAAACAAGUAUCUUCGCAUAUACAGGUUCUCGCGAGAAGAAAACUCCGGGAAAUACAGGCAAAACUCAAAGUGGAUCAUGCCGCCAAGGAGAAGGCACUCCAGACAAUGUCGAGCAUGUCGAGCGCCCAGAUAGUAUCAGCUGGAAGUGCGAUACACAACAAGAUGCCCCCCGCUCUCGUGGGGCCCCUUGCCCUUGCUUCCACCCCUGCCUCCUUUCCCGGAGCGCAAUUUUGGCAACCAGGCCUACAGCCUGGAACGUCCCAGGAUGUCAAACCGUUCCCUCAACCUGCUUACACCGGGAAACCGGCGACGGCAGUUUCGAGCGGUGACAUAGUCCAGGCACAACCUCCACCGCCAUGGGAAGGACGCGCCAUCGCGACUCACAAACUCAGGCUCGUCGAGUUCUCGGCCUACAUGGAGCAGCAAAGAGAUCAGGACAUUUACCACAAACACCUAUUCGUCCAUAUAGGAGGUUCCGCGACUUACGCGGACCCGCUGCUGGAAGCGGUCGAUGUUAAACAGAUAUACGACAAAUUCCCCGAAAAGAAGGGCGGUCUCAAGGAACUUUACGAAAAAGGACCACAGGCGGCUUUCUUCCUCGUUAAAUUUUGGGCUGAUCUCAAUAGUAACAUCCAAGACGAAUCUGGAGCAUUCUAUGGCGUCACGAGCCAAUAUGAGAGCAACGAGAACAUGACGAUAACGUGUUCGACGAAAGUGUGCUCAUUUGGAAAGCAGGUGGUAGAAAAGGUGGAAACGGAGUAUGCCAGGUUUGAAAAUGGCAGGUUCGUCUACCGUAUUAGCCGUUCACCUAUGUGCGAGUAUAUGAUUAAUUUUAUCCACAAACUGAAGCACCUGCCAGAGAAGUACAUGAUGAACAGCGUUCUCGAGAACUUCACCAUCCUCCAGGUUGUCACGAACAGGGAUACGCAGGAAACAUUACUAUGCACAGCAUAUGUGUUCGAAGUAUCGACGUCUGAACACGGUGCUCAGCAUCACAUAUACAGAUUGGUCCAAGACUAGCCUGCUUGAACCUGCUCGCCAUGCAGCCAUCCACCCCCAUCAGUGCCUACCAUCACAUAAAAAUCAUCCAUAAGUAUAUAUAUAUAUAUACACAUACAAUGAAAAUAUAUACAUACACGUAUACACACAUCUCAAUCGAUUUUCUCUAUUCUAAAAUAAUUGAAAGCAAAUAUUUCUUUUAUUCUAAUAUGCCCUCUAUCUUUCACUGACUUUCUCAUUCUAACGUAAAUGUAAUGUAAUAUAAUGGGAAAGCAACGUAAGAGAGGAGAAAAACUUAAAGAGAAACAACUCAUUCAUGAUAAAAAAAAGACUUGCAAUAGAAAAACGUAGAAUAGAAAAUUUCGAUUGUACAUUGUGCGCGCGAUAUAUUGCGUGAAUACAUUGAUAUAACACAACAUGCUUACACUUAAACAGAAAUAUUUUCGCGUCCAUAGUUGGGUGAGUUUCUAUGGAAAAUAUUCGAUCGAUGGUGUUAGAAAAGUUCUAUAAACAUGUGUAAAUAUUGGGCAACUAAUGAGUGUUAUAAAUAGAUCUUAUAUCCUCCAUAUACGAUUUGGAUGAAUUAAAUCAUUGGUAUAAUUUGUAUAAUUUUGUCUGCACAGACUAUUAUAUGAGCCGUUCAGAAACUAAAGUGAUUAAUUCCACUUGCACUAAAAGCAUUGACUGAUCAAUCAAGUGCUUUAACAUUAAAAUUUAAAAAAAAUCAAAAAGUAAAGUUAAUCAUUUUAGCCUGUGGAUUCAUAU